GGACGCGGUAUUUGAUUUUAACACUUCGCUUUGUACCCUUGAUCGAACGAACUACGUCUCCCAUAAUUCCGUUCGCCCCACAGGAAGCGCUCGCUCGCUCAGCGGCAACGGUUGCGACUGGAAGUGAAGAAUUUAUUCAGAUUGUCAAACAGGAGAAAUAAUCGAAUUAGUGGAAUAUAACCGCGUGUAAUCGCUCAUACGACACUUAUAUCAGCGCCGCAGCGUCUGUUCUCUUUGAAUAUUCAUGAGCCGGCGGGACGGGUUAAAUGAACUCCACUCAGUUCUGCCGCUGAUCCAGAGGCUCGUCUGACAGAAGCACCAUGACUCUGGCUCCUAAAGAGCUGUCCAAUCUGCUGGGCAUCAUGUCGGACGACGCCUGCAGCAACAGCUUCGAGCAGCUGUCCACGGCCUUCCACCACUGCUUCGGUAAAGCCGAGCACUUCCGGGUGGGCUCUGUUCUGGUGAUGCUGCUCCAGCAGCCGGACCUGCUGCCCAGUGCCCCUCAGCGGCUGACCGCUCUCUAUCUGCUGUGGGAGAUGUACCGCACCGAGCCGCUGGCCGCUAACCCCUUCGCCGCCGUGUUUGCUCACCUGCUGAACCCGUCGCCCGCCGGAGAGGAGCAGGAGAAGACGCUCUCUGGUUUUCUUCCUCCCAUCACGCUGCCGGAGAAGUUCUUCCUGUCUCAGCUGAUGCUCGCUCCGCCGAGAGAACUCUUCAAGAAGACGCCGAGACAAGUGUCCAGCAUGGAUGUGAGCUCCACGCCUCAGACCAUAGACAUCAGCGGCCUGCAGCUGGCCCUCGCCGAGCGUCAGUCCGAGCUGCCCACUCAGAGUAAGGCCAGUUUUCCCAGCAUGCUCAGCGACCCUGACCCGGACUCCUCCAACUCGGGCUUCGACAGCUCGGUGGCCAAUCAGAUCACAGAGUCUCUGGUGACCGGUCCACGGCCUCCCCUGGAGAGUCACUUCCGUCCCGAGUUCAUCCGGCCCGCUCCGCCGCUGCUGGUGUGUGAGGACGAGCUGUCCUGGUUAAACCCGUGUGAGCCGGACCACCGGAUACAGUGGGACCGCUCCAUGUGUGUGCGCAACGGGACCGGAGUCGAGAUCAAGCGCAUCAUGGCCAAGGCCUUCAAGAGUCCACUGUCUGCCGCCCAGCAGACGCAGCUGCUGGGUGAACUGGAGAAGGACCCGAAGCUGGUGUACCACAUCGGCCUGACCCCGGCCAAACUACCAGACCUGGUGGAGAACAACCCCCUGGUGGCCAUCGAGAUGCUCCUGAAGCUGAUGUCCUCCAGCCAGAUCACGGAGUACUUCUCGGUCCUGGUCAACAUGGACAUGUCUCUGCACUCCAUGGAGGUGGUCAACAGAUUAACGACAGCGGUGGACCUUCCUCCCGAGUUCAUCCAUCUCUACAUCUCCAACUGCAUCUCCACGUGUGAACAGAUCAAAGACAAAUACAUGCAGAACCGUCUGGUGCGCCUGGUCUGCGUCUUCCUCCAGUCCCUCAUCAGGAACAAGAUCAUUAAUGUCCAGGAUCUGUUCAUCGAGGUGCAGGCCUUCUGCAUCGAGUUCAGUCGGAUCCGUGAAGCCGCCGGUCUCUUCCGUCUCCUCAAGACUCUGGAUAACGGAGAGACGCCGGCCGAGGGCAAGACGGCCAAAUGAACUCCAGGACUAAAGCUGAGUCUGUCCUGAUCGGAGCACACGAGUUUAAGCUUUCAGUUCAGAGAAGACGCCGCGACCUGUUUUCUUUUUCUUACAUGUACAGCCUGCUCCUCUGUUUUCAUCCCAAACGCCAUAUUUUUUUGUCCAUUAAAGUGUUGGUAACUUGCACGUUCUCGGGUUUCUGUGUAAACUCCUCGGCUUCAGCUAAUCAGGUGAUGAUUGUUUUAGUGGAUUUGUUCGGCUUUCUCAUCAUUUGUAAUUUCUACACAACGGAAACAAGCCAUGAAAUGUUCCCAGUGCUUUCUUGGAGGUUUAAACUGACUCUAUAUCAGACGUAAUCGUCUAAUGAUGGUCUUAAAGUUUAAUCCUGGUUCAAUACAAACUCUUUAAAAUUACUAAUAUUGUUAGACCAUUAACUAGUUAGCCUUAAGAGGCAUAUAGUCUAUUUACAGACAUUUUUUUUUUGCAAUAAGUGUAAAUAGUUACUAUAGUUUGUGUGUGAGUAUAUAAUAUGUAUAUAUACACAGGUCCUUCUCAAAAAUAAUGUACUUUUAUUGGUCAGAUAAAUUGUGCUAAUUUUGAGAUGAGCUGUAUGCCAAAAUCAUCAAUAUUAAAAGAAUAAAAGGCUUGAACUAC